AUGUCUUUCGGAAUGAAUCCGAAUGACGAUGGGAUGUUCGAAUUCUUGCACAUGGAGCUUGUCGCCAUGCUUUUGGAAAGUGAACCAGGACAAGUGUCCAACCCGAGCAAAGCCGUAGUGUCACACGAUAUUGAACGGAAGGACACUGGAGACGCAGAGACCACGAUUCAAAGCAUCACUCUCUCUUCGAUGGAGUAUAUUGGAUUUUCAACUGGCUACCGUAUGGUCGAACGGUUAACUAAGGAUUGGCCGAGGUUCAAGGACGAAUUGGACACGAUGAAGUUCAUCUGCAAGGAGUUCUGGACCAGUGUGUUCAGGAAGCAAGUCGAUAAUCUUCGAACUAAUAAGCAGGGAGUCUAUGUUCUCCAAGACAACUGCUUUCGAUUUCUGGCGAAGAUUUCUCAAUCGCAACAGUAUAUUGAGUUAUCGCCUAAGUUCGCCGUUUACACGUGUGGUCUGAUCCGUGGUUCAUUGGCGAACCUGGGAAUGACCUGUGCUGUAACAGCGGAAGUUACGUCUCCUCCUGCUUGUCGAUUCCAAAGCUCUGAAAUGGCGGUAAUUGAGGAGGCAUUACCGAAUUUCUGUGAAUUUGGACUUGACGAUCGCCUCACUAAUUCCAUAGCCCGUUUGGGAUGGGAAUGUCCUACUCUGAUUCAAUCGACUGCCAUUCCUCACAUUCUUGAAGGCAAAGAUGUAUUGGCACGAGCGCGAACAGGGUCAGGGAAAACUGGCGCCUUUGCUAUUCCAGCUAUACAGAAAGUGUUGACCGCAAAAAAGGAAAAUGAAGCCAUUGAUGUGGAAAUGGUGAUCUCUGAAUUGGAAGAAAUGUGGUUCCGUACUCAACUCAAUCAGAUGAAAAAGGGGAACCUGGAUCUGAGCAGCCUUUUGCUUCUUGUCGUUGACGAAGCGGACUUGCUCUUCUCGUUUGGUUUCGACAAGGACGUGAAGGAGUUCCGGCGUCUUACUCCUACAACUGGAUUUCAAGUUGUGUUGAUGAGUGCAACUCUGUCUGCUGACGUCUUGAAGUUGAAGAAACUCACUUUGCGGAAUCCAGUGAUACUGAAGCUGAAGGAGGCGCAGGUGAAGUUAUACUUGGAACUAUUCGGCAUUAUGAGCUGCGUCGUGAACUCUGAAUUGCCGGCGAAGUCAAGAUGCCAUAUUGUGUCUCAGUUCAACAGUGGCCUCUAUGAUAUUGUGAUUGCUUCUGAUGAAACCGUGCUGGAGGAAACAGCAGAGUCCACGAAGAAAAAACGGCGAGUGGAUAAGGAGUCCGGAAUAUCUCGUGGGCUAGAUUUUCAGUUUGUUUCCAAUGUGAUCAACCUUGAUUUCCCUGCGGAUGUGGAUUCGUACAUUCACCGGGUUGGAAGAACAGCGCGAGGGAAAAACACUGGAACGGCUGUGUCCUUCGUUGAUCACAAGGAAGUACCUAUAUUUGAAGAAGUUCAAGAAUAUUUGAAGGAUAUGUACGGUCGAAAGAAGGACGUCAGCAAGCCGUUCAAGUUCAAUAUGCAAGAAGUUGAUUCAUUAAGAUACCGAGCGAGGGAUGCGUUCAAAAGUGUUACUCGAAUCGCCGUCAGAGAAGCAAGAUUGAAAGAAAUUCGGUCAGAAAUCUUGUCAUCCGAAAAACUUAAGUCGCACUUUGAAAUGAACCCGAAUGACUACGCCGUCUUGAGACAUGACAAAGCUUUGCAUACGAUUAAAAGCCAGCCGCACUUGAAGGACGUUCCUUUAUAUAUCGUACCGGAUUCUAUCAAGUCGAAUCCUGCCCAAAUGUCUUCCAUCAUGAAGGCAAACAAGAAAUAUAGGGCCGAAGUUAAGAAAGCUGACAAACAGCUGAAAAAGCGGAAAGAAUCCCGAAUAAAACUCAAACGAGAGCUGUUUUCUGAAAGCAAAGACGAAGUUGGUUUAGUGCUUAUGGGCACUCCAGAGUCAAAAAAUCAACUGUUCGUUGCGGAUGAUCCGGAAGGAUAUCGGAAUAUAUCUGUGAUGCGGCCAUUGGCGAAAGUUGAUUUCCAAGCUAUCGAGUUCGUCGAGAAAGAGAUCAAUCCCACUGCGCACGAAGCGGACUGGCUAGAUGCUGUAAUGGUUGCAAUGGAUCUUCUGAAGCGCUCAACAAGUUUCAGAAAGUACGAAACGUUGAAGAUAGUCCUACUCACCGACUUCUCUGGUCCGGUUUGUGUUGAUCAAGUGAGCGAAAUUAUCGCCGGCAUUCGAGGUUUGGACAUUGAGUUUAUGAUCGUGGGCUCCAAGUUGUGGAAGGAGGCGACCAAAGAGGAAGAUCUCGAAUCAUUCGAUGAUGAAGACGACAAAGAUCCGCAGAAUUCCAUUUCUUACAUCGGGAAGCCCAAAACAAAAACUCAAAUCCUCUCAGAAACAACUGCUCAGAAAAUCUUGAAUGAGGUCGAUGGGCGUAAUGCGGACUUCGAAACUAUAAUGGUCACAUUGCAGUUCUUCGUGAAAAAGGAAGUGAAAAGUGGCACGUGGGCUGCUCAGUUGGAAAUUGCUCCGCAGCUUAGUAUCCCUGUUGUAGGGUUCUAUCGUGUGAAAGAAGCUAAAGUGAAAACGUGGGGAAAAGGCUUAGCUGACAAUGUAGAAGAGCGACCUAUCGUGGAACGAUCGCAUCAUCUGAAAGAUGAGGAUCAGACUGAAAUCGAAAGAGAUGAACUCGUUUCCGCCUAUAUGUACGGUUCUACGAAAGUGCCGUUCUCUGAUGAGGAUAAAGCUGGUAUGAUGUAUCAAUCGGGUGAAAAGUCGUUCAAAGUUGUUGGUUUUGUCGACCGUGAUUCCAUCCCUUGGCAUCAUCAUCUCGGUGACGGGGCAAUGUAUUUCGUUGCCCGAAAGGGUGAUCAGCAUGCAUAUACGGCGCUAUCCGCAUUACUAGCCGCACUAGAGGAAACGUCCACGGUCAUCAUUGCAAGGAAGGUUUACAGAAAGAACAGCAAUCCGCAGAUGGGAUUCGCCUUCCCACUUGCGAAGAAGAACGCCUUAGGUUGGAUUGCUAUUCCCUACGCGGAGGACAUUCGUUCGUUCAAGUUUCCCGGUUUGAAAUUGAAGCCAGAAGAAGUCAGUGCCGAGGAUUUGGAUUUGGUCGAUCGUCUGAUUGAUGCCGGAGACCUGAGCGAUCCAGAGAAAUUGAAGGAAGAAGGAAGAUUUUCAUACAGACCGAAAGAUACUCUGAAUCCAGUGAUGCAGAGGUUAUUCGAGUGUUUAACACGGAAAGGUUUGUAUCCUAAGGAGGAGAUCCCGGAAACUGUUGGAGAUCAUCUGGCGCUUUUGAUACAACCCCGAUCUUCGGCGGAAGUUCUGAGAAUCUCAUCUGAGAUUAAAGCACGGUUUCCCCUCGAAGUUCAAGAAAAGAAACGUCAGUGGGCCAGGACCGGGCAUGAGACAUUUGGGAAAAAAGAUGAAAAUGGCGUGCUUGAUCAAGAAACAGAUGCUAAGCGAGCUAAAGCAGAAAUUGAGGAAGUCGAUCCUGUACGACUUGCUUUCGGCGGUGAGCCAGUUGUCAAGGAAAUUGGGGUGACGCAGCCAGUUUCCGAUUUCAAAGAAUUGCUGAAACCGUACAGCGAAAAUGACAACAGUGGACCCGUGAUUGAUAUCAUGAAGCAAAUGACAGCUGUUAUUGAGGACUUGAUUCAUAAAUCACUCGGGUCGGCGUUUUAUGCGAAAGCGUUCAGUUGUUUGCAAGCUCUAAGAGAGGAAGCCGUCCGCAGAAAUGCUGAAAUUUUCAACUCAUUCAUCCACCAGCUGAAAGUCGUUGUUCUGGCGAAAAAACGAGAAAGCUUUUGGAAGGAUUUUGUCCAAGGAGAGAAUGCGGGCUUGAUAACCUCGUCAGAAAAUAGUAAAUCGGGAGUUUCUGCUGCGGAAGCAAAGCAAUUUCUCUUGGACAUCCCGCGUGAAGAGGCUGAAGCAGAAGAACCUGAGAAUGAUGAUAUCGAUGAUUUGAUUUGAAGGAUGAUUCACAUUCCCGUGCUAUUUCUACGACUGGAACAGCAUUCAUCAAUUCAUGCACAUCGUUUACCACAUUAUUAUAAUUUUUUUCACUUGAUGUGCGAUUUUUUAGUGGGGC